AGCUGUUUCCGCCUUAUGUGGCCAUCGUCGUCAGCUCGCAGGCGCUGCCGUGUUCGCAUCGCUAGCAGUGGAACCUAUCGCUUCGCGGAUUUCGCUCCGCAGAUCAGUGCUGAACUUGAACCGACAAGCAGUGCGCUGUACACCAUGCAGACCCUGAACGCCCUCGUCUUCCUUGGCCUUCUGGCUUGUGCUAUGGCCACCUUUGUCUACUACGACUACGAUCACGUGGCCGCCCCUGCAGUGGUCGACCACGUUGCUCCAGUUGUCAGUCAUGCCGUUUCCCCAGUUGUCGGCCACGGCGUUGCUCCAGUUGUCGACUAUGGUUACGGCCACGGUUACGGCCUCGGCGGUUACCAUUAUGGUCUGCCAUACUACCACCUUAAGAAAUAGACUACGCAGAUGGGAACCCAAGCGAAUAACUUCAAGAUAAUGGACUGGACGAAACAUCGAUGAUCACACAGCAUUGAAAAUCUUUGAACAAGAGAAUAUCGGAUCUUUUCAAUAAAAGAGAACUUUAAAGCAGUAGAA